AAGUUAACCUAGUGUUUGCCAAACUUUUAUAAUCGCGCAAAGCUCUUUUAUAAUCGCGAGGUACGGAAAUUAUUUUUUAUAGAUACCGUUGAAAGUUUUUUAUUCUUGGCCAGCAAUUACGCGAGGUUAUGAAAAGAGCCGUUAACAAUAUAUAUACGUGGCAUAUCGAAGAAACGUUCUUCUAUUAUUUGCCACCUGUCUCGAUGAUUUGCUGAAUAACGGCCUUUUGCCACAAGAAAAUGAUGGAUAUCGAGACGGAAAAUGUGAUAAAUCUUAUAUUUCCAGAAGGCAUUCCAGACUCUUGGAAGGAAAAUCCCGAUUUUUAUCAGUAUCUCUCGAAACUUGGAGGCUUCGAUGUAGACCAGCUAAGUAAAGAACCUGAUCAUUUGUCCGAUGAGAAGAACGCGGUACUUCGGACUACGCAGAAAUUGGUCUUUGCAAACUACAAAACCUUUAUUCAGACGGCGGAAAGCUCACGAGAGAUACUCAAUCAUUUCAACGAGACCGAAGGUCGUCUUGACAAACUUGUACAGAAGAUCCCAGAAUUUGUAGGGAAAUGUCAAUCGUUUUGCGACACUUCAAAGGACAUUAACGCGCAUCGUAGACUAAACAGUUUGACGCUAACGCGAAAUGCGGAGCUACUUGAAAUUCUCGAGAUGCCCCAACUGAUGGAAUCGUGCUUGAGAAGCAACCAAUAUAACGAAGCAUUAGAAUUGUCUCAGUACGCGCGUCAAUUAGGAAUGAAGCACGGGGAUAUUCCUAUUAUCUCGUCUAUCGUGGCAGAGAUCGAAAGCAGCUGGUCGGGUAUGGUAGGACAGGUAGUUGGCUCUCUGAGGGGGGAUUUGCCGCUCCCGAGAUGUCUUCAGCUCGUAGGUUUAUUGCGGUCCAUGGAUGCGUUUACGGAAUCGGAACUUCGUAUUAAAUUCCUUCAAGCGAGAGACAGCUGGCUUCAAGGCCUGUUGAACGCGAUACCGAAGGAAGACGCAAACCUUCACAUGGCCAAAACGAUCGAAUUAUCCAGGAUACACUUGUUCAAUAUAAUAACUCAGUACAAAGCUAUGUUUAACGACGAUGAAUUGGUGAUUCCCGGCCGCGACCUGACGCUAAAUGAAUCUGCGAUAUUUUAUCACUGGUUGGAGGAAAAGAUAUCGCAAUUUCUUGCUACCCUGGAGCAGGAUUUACCCGGCGUGACGUCUAUAGAUACCAUUCUGGGCCAGUGUACAUACUUUGGAUUGUCAUUUGGCCGAGUGGGCGUCGAUUUUACUGGCCGAAUGUCCGAUAUAUUUGUACGAGUGAUCGGUGAGAGGUUUGAACAGAACGUUCGUAGAACAACUAGAAAGUUUGAGAAAGACAUGGAGACAUUUACGUUGAUCAACAAAACGCAACGACUCGAUAUUAAAGCAGAGACUUGCGUUAAUUCUGAAAAUCCGCCUGAACAACUGGUAGAAUUUUAUCCUCUGGCCGAAUACUGUAACGGGAUAAUAGCAGCGUUCAAUGAAUUGAGACUCUGUGCACCGGUGGCACUGUCUGCUUUGUGCACAAAAUUACUAGAAGAAUCGUUGCACAAUGUGGCGAGAGCCAUGCUGGUGUUUUACAAGCAGGAGCAGCAAGCAUUCGCUGCUGCGGAACGGGAAAACAUGAUCAAGUUCACGGAAUGUUUGAGCGAACAAUUAAUACCUUAUAUACAGUAUUGCGUACACGCGAUUUUUCCACCUGGCCAAAUUGCAACGCACCUAGGAAUAUCGGCCAGUGUGCUCCAGAGAGAGGAGAUGACGUAUUUGAAUAAGCGGAGCAUAGUGGAGCCUGUGGCUGUAUUGUUACCAAUUAAAAAAGAUUCUUUGGCUUCUAAAUUAUGUACGUCCAACGUGCAGCUAUUGACGUCGCACAAUGCAAAGAAUCCUUCCGUGGCAACAUCUCUGCCAACGGAAACGAUCGAUUCAAACUUGAGGAAGACUACUGCGAUAGACAAGGAACAGUAGCGCAGAAAUUCACCGACGAUAUAAAAAGUAUCGUGUAAUGUAUCCGAUAUGAGAAGAAUCCAAGUAUUGAAUGGAAUGUAAAUUUGGACAAAAUUGCUUACUAAUACAUCUAUACGCGUAUAGAUAGGUCGUGUAAAUAAAAAAGUUUGUACAAUC